CUAUAAUUUUAUUCUAUGGUCUUGUGUGUUUGAGGUUAAUCUCACGCUCUUGUCACGCCGACAAUAAUUAAUUUUUAUUACAAUUUGAGAUUUUUUAUCGACGAAAAUGGCUGAGGCGAUGCGACAGACUGUGGCUGGAAUGCUCAAAGGCAUCGAAAGGUACAAUCCAGAUAAUUUGACAACUUUGGAAAAGUAUGUGGAAAUACAGUCGAGGGAGAAUGCUUAUGAUUUGGAGGCAAACCUGGCCGUUCUGAAGCUCUACCAAUUAAAUCCGCAUCGAUUCAAUAUGGAUAUUACGUGUCAGAUACUACUGAAGGCUUUGACCAAUCUUCCGCACACUGACUUUGUGCUAUGCAAAUGUUUGCUCAGCGAGAAACUAAUGUCAGAAAGCCCCAUUAAUCAAAUCAUGUAUCUGGGAGACAUCUUGGAGCGAUGUGAUUUUCAGCAUUUUUGGGACAGAGUAUUAUCAAUGUCUGAGCUGUGCGAUAGAAUUGUAGGUUUCCAGGACUCAAUAAGAAAAUUUGUGUGCCAUGUAGUCGGUAUCACGUUUCAAACGAUAGAUAAAGGAUUGCUAGCGCAGUUGCUUGGUGGUGUAGAUGAUGCAACACUGAAGCACUGGGAAAAGUAUGGUUGGAAGGAAGAGAGCAAGACAAUCAUUUUUAUUGCAAAUCAAGAUGAAAAUAUCAAGACUAAAAAUAUUACUGAAAAGAUUGAUUUCGAAAAUGUAGCAGGUUUGAUGGCUGCUUGUUUAUAAAUACAGGAAUUAUUUUUAUUAAA